AUGGACACUACUGCCAUUUCCACCGCGUGUUUACUCGAGGUCUUGUGGGAUACCGAUUUCGAUGUUUUAGAUUUGCCACUUAGCUUGGAGAUGGUUGAGGCCGCAUCUGAUAUCACUGAGGAAAUGGUGGAAAUUGUUCGGUGGUGUUUGUCACCGAUUGGUCAUUGCAGAGAGGGACUAAUGCCAUUGAAAAAAGACGUAGGUGAGGUCACGUUGUUGAUGGGUGUUAGUAGUGGAGUGGGUGUGAACGGAGGUGUAGAACGUCGAGUGGUAUUGUUAGUGCGGGUAGAUUGUGGGCGAGUAGAUGCAGUGGUAGUAGGUGAUGAUUGUGGUCGAGACGCCAAUGCGAGAGCAUGUGAAGGAGGUCCAGUGGGAAGAGUAGUGCGUAUAGGAGGUGAUGGCGAGUAUCCAGAAGGUGAAGAGGUACAGGAGGACGGGUUUGCGGAUGCAAAGGAGGAAGUGGUAGAUGAGGACGAGUAUCCAGAAGGUGAGGAGGUAGUAAAGGAAGGGUUGGCGGAUGUGGUAGAGGAUGUUGUUGAUGACUGA